UCGCCAGUUUCGCCCCACCGAGGACUCCGUCUCCCGGCGUCCACUCGGGCACUCGACUCUUGGCGCUUGCGCGUUGCCCUCUUCCCCCACCCUCCCCGAUUUCCACUCCCCCCGCCCCACUCGCCUGCCGCGGUCGGGUCCGCGGCCUGCGCUGUAGCGGUCGCCGCGGUUCUUUGGAAGCAGCAGCUCCCCUCCCCCACCCUGGUCCCGGCCCUCGUCCACCCGCUGACGUAAAGAUGAGCAGCUCAGAGGAGGUAUCCUGGAUUUCCUGGUUCUGUGGUCUCCGUGGCAAUGAGUUCUUUUGCGAAGUGGAUGAAGACUACAUCCAGGACAAAUUCAAUCUCACUGGACUCAAUGAGCAGGUGCCUCACUAUCGACAAGCUCUAGACAUGAUCUUGGACCUGGAACCUGAUGAAGAGCUGGAAGACAACCCCAACCAGAGUGACCUGAUUGAGCAGGCAGCUGAGAUGCUUUAUGGAUUGAUCCACGCCCGCUAUAUCCUCACCAACCGUGGCAUCGCCCAGAUGUUGGAAAAAUACCAGCAGGGAGACUUUGGCUACUGUCCCCGUGUGUACUGUGAGAACCAGCCAAUGCUUCCCAUCGGCCUUUCGGACAUCCCAGGUGAGGCCAUGGUGAAGCUCUACUGCCCCAAGUGCAUGGACGUGUACACACCCAAGUCAUCGAGGCACCACCACACGGAUGGCGCCUACUUCGGCACCGGUUUCCCUCACAUGCUCUUCAUGGUGCACCCCGAGUACCGGCCCAAGCGGCCCGCCAACCAGUUUGUGCCCAGGCUCUACGGUUUCAAGAUCCAUCCAAUGGCCUACCAGCUGCAGCUCCAAGCCGCCAGCAACUUCAAGAGCCCAGUCAAGACGAUUCGCUGAUUCCCCACCCCACCUCCCUUGCCUUUGACACCUCCAUUCCUUUGCUGCCACCCUUUCAGGAAUCCCCUGUGGUUUUUAGUUUAAAUUAAAGGAGUCAUUAUUGUGGUGGGAAUAAUGAAAUAAAGUGGAAGAAAAGGCCGUGA